AUGGGUUCUCUCAAAGAUCAAGAACAAGAACAAGCUAAAUGUGCUUGGGUUCAGGGGCCUAUCAUUGUAGGCGCCGGCCCCUCCGGUUUGGCAGUCGCGGCUUGCCUCUCUCAACAUGGCGUGCCUUCUGUUAUUCUUGAGAAGAGUGACUGUAUAGCUUCUCUUUGGAAACACAGAACCUAUGACUGUCUCAAACUUCAUCUUCCCAAACACUUUUGUGAGCUUCCCUUGAUGGGUUUCCCUCCCAAUUUCCCCAAGUACCCCACGAAAUACCAGUUUGUAUCGUACCUCGAGUCGUAUGCUUCGCACUUCUCAAUUCAACCCCGGUUCAAUCAAACCGUCACGAGCGCAGAGUUCGACCAAAGUUGCGGCUUUUGGACGGUUCGAACCCAAGAUUUUGAAUACAUUUCCCGGUGGCUGGUAGUGGCCACCGGAGAAAAUGCGGAGCCCGUGAUUCCUAAAAUUUCUGGAAUGGAGUCGUUUCAUGGACCCAUUGUUCAUGCCAGUCUCUUCAAGUCUGGUUCUGAUUACAAGAACCAGAGAGUUUUGAUCAUUGGGUGUGGCAAUUCGGGCAUGGAAGCAAGCUUGGAUCUUUGCAGGCACAAUGCAUUCCCUUUUAUGGUCGCUAGGAACACUAUACAUGUUCUGCCUAGGGAGAUGUUAGGCUUCUCAACAUUUGGAAUAGCCACGACCCUCCUCAAAUGGUUUCCUUUAAGAUUAGUAGACAAGUUCCUCCUGGCGCUGACCAGUUUCAUCUUGGGAAACACCGAUCGCUAUGGCCUCCGGCGACCCAAAACAGGACCCAUUGAGCUCAAAAAUGCCACCGGAAAAACCCCUGUUCUAGAUGUCGGAGCACUAUCACAGAUAAAAUCCGGGAAAAUUAAGGUGAUGCAAGGAGUGAAGGAGAUAACGAGAAAUAGUGUCAAGUUCGUGGAUGGUCAGGAGAGAGAGUUCGAUGCUAUAAUCUUAGCAACGGGCUACAAAAGCAACGUGCCUACUUGGCUCAAGGGCUGUGAUUUUUUCACCGAAGAUGGAAUGCCAAAAACGCCCUUUCCAGAGGGUUGGAAGGGAGAGAAUGGAUUGUAUACGGUGGGGUUCACCAGAAGAGGUUUGCUCGGAACCGCUUCUGAUUCCACCAAGAUCGCCCAGGACAUAGCUCAUCGGUGGAGGACCGUCAAAGACAGCAAGAACUACCGUAAUUCCCACAUCGUCCUGCUCAGGAGCUCCUUAUGCCCUUCCCGUCCCAAUCAGCUUGUAAAAUGCAAGAAAGAUAAUUAG